AUGCCUCAAUUUGUAUACGUAGUCCACGAGUUUACUCCCGAAAAUCCGGAUGAGGUUGCUCUCAAAGUGGGCGAACGUAUAGAGGUGGUUGAGAAGGACGACUUAUACGGCGAUGGCUGGUGGCAGGGACGCAAUUCUGCUGGAGUUGUCGGCUUAUUUCCAGAAAGUUACACCUCCUCAAUUCCUCCGAAUACGUCGUCCGUUGGUGCCACCGCAAGCAGCGCGAAUGGCUCCUCUUCGUCGUCCACCGUAGAUGGUCCAACUGUCACGCAGAUCACAAACCCCUCAACAGGCACACCAAGCUCUAUACGCAAUACUGCAGACCCCAUUCUCAGCAAUAGCACCGAAGAGAUAUCCACAAGCGAUCGAGGAACGACUAGCAAUGAAACAGGCGGGCGGGGUAGCGGAGAGAUGAUGCAGGCAACAAUGACCGACGUUCAGAAAGCAAUAGAGCAACUAGGGCGGGGAGGUGAUGACGGGACAAGGAGUUUUAGCUUUGCGAGCUCCCACUCGCAGUCUACAGACCACUCUGAAGCUGAAGACACCGAUAAAGAGGAUGAAGAUGGCGAGGAGCAUGCUUUCGGCUGGUCAAGAGGUGCGCGAACGAAGUUGGCGCUCAAGGCGCAACAAGCAAAUGAGGAGCGAGAGGCAAAGGAAAGAGACACAUCUAGGCAAGAAUUAAGACCAAGUGCGGAUCCAACGACGCCGAUGCGCAUAGUAGCGCCGCCAAUUGAUGUCGAAGUGAGUGACGAGAGUGACGACGAGGAGGUGGUGCGCACUCGUCGCUCUCAAAGCCCUCCGCAGAAGAGCUCGAGUCCUCGUAGUGCCAGCUUGGGUCGUGUCAAAUAUUCACAUAUAUCGGAAGAAGAUGAAGAGCAGGAGGCGGCUGGCCUUUCGUCAAGGCACUCGCGAUCUGCGAGUGCAACUAUGAACUUCCGUAGAUCGCCGCCACCAGUCAUCACAGUGACCGAGCAACCGCUGCCUUUACGUAGCCAGGGAUCAAGAGAUAGCACGGCAAACAUCGUUCCCUCGGAAGAGUUUAUCGUACCGUCGCCAGCUGCAGACGAAAGUGAGAUUCCUACAGCUCGAGCGGAACGGGCUACAUUCCCGGACGCACAAAUUAACCCGAAUCCAGUCGAGGAGAACGAGCCCGCGUCCCCUGCUGUUCAGGUUGACGAACCUUCCCCUGUGUCGGAGACUAGUCUUGCAGUCCCCCCGACGGGAGGACUUGCUGCUCUCGCAAGGGCUACAUCGUAUCCUCCUCUGACACGAGCAUCUCCCCUCACGACGCAGGCCGCCUCAGCUUCAACAUUAAGCAUGCCACAAAUGGUUACUCCUACACCCAGUGCAAUCCGCGUUUCUGACGCACCUUUUGCCUCACCAUUGCCCUCUCCCAGUGCCUCGUCCUUCGCGGGUUCUAUGAGCAUGGGUUCCGCCGGCAUCCAACAGACAUUGACGCCUGCUACGUCACAUAGGAAUUCAGCAGACGCCAAAGGUGCAGCACUGUUGGAUGCCAAGAAAGAAAGGCCGGAAGGUCAUCCCUCAGAAUGGUCAGUUGAGCAAGUGAUUGAGUGGCUUAAGUCUAAAGGCUUUGACGAAGGCGUUUGCGAUAAGUUCAUUGAACAAGAGAUCACAGGUGAUGUCCUCCUUGAGCUUGAUGCUAACGUGCUCAAGACCGAGAUCGGGAUCGUCGCAUUCGGCAAGCGCGCACGCAUUGUCAAUGCUAUCACCGAGCUCCGUCGUCCGUCGUCGAUUUUCGAGUCUCCGUCGCACACGCCCGCUCGCGUGAUGACGCCACGUUCACAAACUGGCAAUUCGCUGCCUUACUCUCAUUCUCAUUCCGCCAGCAUGCAGAGCUCGGCACCGACCCAGGCAUCUUCGGCAUGGGCUUACUCCCCCUUGUACGCACCGAGCGCUCAGGGAUUCCCUAGUCCCGGUGUUGUGUCUAUGAUAAACUCAGAGGCACCACACACCGCUGAUUUACAGCCGAAGAAUGGAUGGCCUACGAGCGAGGCUGAGACUACUGUUACUGCCGAAGAACAAGAGAGCGGCUCAGUCGAAGUACGAAAGGCUGCCACUAUGGGUCUCGGCUUGGGACUGCAGCCAUCGCUCAUGAACGGAAAAGAUUCGCUUCCUGGUCGUCUUGCUCUGUCGCCUUCGCCCAGCGACAGCGCCAUAGCAUCCACGACUGAUGUUACUAAUGGCACAACAGCCGCGGAUGAGGAACGAGCAGUGAUGAGCGAGAGCGACACGUUACCGGCGGAUUCCAAACAUAAGAAGCGUCGGUUUUGGCGUAGCGAGUCGGGUUCAGUCAAGGCAGGAUCUACAAUCAGUGACAGCGGGAGCCGACACUCGAAAGACACAGGCUCCGUUCCGUCACCACCAACCGCGUCAACCGCUGUAUCCGCGCCUGUCUCGACGGCUGCUUCGCCCACGGACACCAAGUCCGAGCCCUCAAAUGAGAGCGCAUCCAUUGUUAAUAGGCGGACAUCGAAGAAACGGGAAAGUGUGGACGGACGUAAGCCCUCGGACCGCUUGAGUCUAUUCGGGACUUCUUUCUCAGGAACGCUAGGCAAGGGUGGGAAAAGCCGGAAGCCGCCCCCGAGGCUUUCCAGUACGUCGGAGAAGAACGAGAAGGAGAAGUCCCCGGAAGAGAAGCACAGUGCGUUUUCGCGCAUUCGCGAAAAGAAGCCAGGGGGGCGUCCGUCGACUGCCGACGGGACCCUCAGAGAGAAGUCUCAGCGGAUCCCUUCCAUCAGAGAGGUGAAUGAGAGUAAGGAGAAGGAGCCUAAACCGGUUAAGGAGGCCGACAAGCCUAAAGAUAAGGAGGACCCCGCGGUACUGCGCAAGCGGACUGCAUCUACAGUGGGUCCUACAAAGGCCACAGUGGUGCCUGUUUCUCCUGGUAAAGGCGCACCCGCGCUCAAGCCAGGUCAGAGCAUCCUGGAUCAGAUCGGAACGCCUGACCACGAAGGCUGGAUGCGUAAAAGGGGUGAUCGGUACAACACGUGGAAAGCGCGAUACUGUGUGCUCAAAGGUCCGCAUCUAUAUAUCCUUAGAAGCAAGAAUAAGACGGAAAGCAAGAUCAAGGCGUACGUAAACAUCGAAGGCUACAAGGUCUGCAUGGAUGAAGACCUCGAUCCUGGCCGUUAUGGAUUCCGGAUCAUCCACGAGGGCGAUAAGACGCAUUGCUUUAGUUCAGAAGAUCAGAUCGUUGUCCGUGAGUGGAUGAAGGCACUCAUGAAGGCCACGAUCACUCGAGAUUACAGCGAUCUAGUUGUCUCUUCUUGUGAUAUCCCUACAAUUCCUCUGGCUGUUGCGCAGGCCAUGAAUCCCGCGCCUCGACCACCCUCUCCUACGGCCCGCGCCGCCACUCAGCGAGCGAUGCGUGCUGAGAAUCCGCAUCAACUAUCUCAAAGGGACGCACAAGUCUUACUUAUGGGUGUGCAAGCGAAAGAUAAGGGUGGAGUUGAACGUGCGCGGCUGGAGUCGUUCUUUACGAAUGACACGAUAUCAACCGCUGGUUCAGAACCUGGAUCUCCGAAGCUGGCCACCUCAGGGAAGGCUCCACCCAGACCGUCGCGGGAGUUGAGGAGACUCACUUCUAAAUCUGAAUCGCAAGGACCUGUUGACACUGAGUUGAUCGAUUGGGCGAACUCUCAUUUACCAUUGGCAUUACAAUUAUCAGAUCCAGCUGGACCAAUUUUCGGUGGUCUGGCUCUCCUCAGACUGGCGGAGGAUAUCAAAGGCAAACCAUCGUCCCCGCGGGUUCCAGACAGCGCGUUCCCAUCUGGACCCAACGACGAGAAACUAGAUGGACUGUUCAGGCUGUUCGACUUUCUCCUGGACAACGACGUAAAGAUGGGUACUGUCAGCAUUAACGACAUUCGGCAAGGGAAGCAUGAGAAGAUUGUGCAGCUGUUACGUGCGCUGAGGGCUUGGGAAGACAAGCGCAAGACGAUUGCGCGUUCAUUGGGACCUGGUGCGCCGACCAACGGCCGAUGA